GUACACUCGUUGAAGUCCCAUUCUAGAACAUCAAAAAGGUUUCAGACUGUUCCCGCUCCUACGAUUAAUGGCACCUUUCACUCCAAAGCGCGAGCUGCUAAUGGUGGGAAUGGGCGCCAAAACUUAUCGGAUGGGCAACAUUGUCAGGAAAGAAUGUCAUGUACUCGCUGAUGACGAGUACAUCACACAGCAAAACAGGGAGGCAUGCACGACUGAAGCUGAAGUCUAUUAUAUACUGGGAAGCCACCCUCUUAUCGCCAACUGUCUGUCUAUUGGACCCGAGAAAGAAUAUAUCGAGCUCGAGUACUAUCCGAACGGAAACCUGAAGGAGUACAUCAAUAAGAAUCGCAUUGAAGAGAUGGAUUUAAAACGUUGGGCGAGUCAAAUGAUUGGAAGUGUCGCAUACAUCCAUUCCAAGGGAGUUAAGCAUUCCGAUUUCAGGCUGGACCAAUGGCUGGUAGACAAAAUGCUGAAUGCGCGGCUCAGCGACUUCAAUGCGGCCGGAUUUGACGAUCAGCCAGGCCUUGGACUAAGAGCAAGACGGGCCCUGGGGCUCGAGAGGCCAAGCUAUUUCCUCCCUCGGGACGCCAACGAAAGCAAUACGGUGGCGUCAGACUUAUUCGCCUUUGGUUCUUCACUCUAUGAGCUUGUAGCUGGUGAAGCUCCGUAUGAAGAUUUGGAAGGAGAGCUCAUCCAGUCAUUGUUUGAAGCGGGAGAGUUUCCGGAGACUGAGGGACUUCUAUUUGGUCAUAUUAUCAAAGGCUGCUGGACAGGAGUAUAUUCUUCGGCGGAAGACAUUCCAAGACAUUAAGAUCACGUAUGGAAGAUAGAAAGGUGCAG